AUGGGGUUCGAGCUGGAUCGCUUCAGCGGGGAGGUGGAUCCCGACUUCAAGUGCAACCUGUGCAACAAAGUUCUGGAGGACCCGCUGACCACCCCGUGCGGCCAUGUGUUCUGCGCGGGCUGCGUGCUGCCCUGGGUGGUGCAGCAGGGCAGCUGCCCGGUGCAGUGCCAGCGCAUCUCCACCAAGGAGCUCAACCACGUCCUGCCGCUCAAGAGCCUCAUCCUCAAGCUGGACAUCAAGUGCGAGCACCACGCCCGGGGCUGCGGGCAGGUGGUGAAGCUGCAGCACCUGGGCGCCCACGCCGAGCGGUGCGACUACUCGCCGGCCCGCUGCCGCCACCCGGGCUGCAGCGAGGUGCUGAACCGCCGCGACGUGGACGCUCACAUGCGGGAGAGCUGCGAGGCCAGGCCGGUGGGCAUCUGCGAGCAGGGCUGCGGCUUGGUGCUGACCCACCGGGAGCAACGCGCCGGCGGCCACUGCUGCUUGGCAGCCCUGCAGGGCCACAACAGCUGCCUGCAGGCGAAGGUCGGCGGGCUGGAGAAGGAGCUGAAGAAGGAGGCGCUGCGGGCCGGCAAGCGGGAGAAGUCGCUGCUGGCCCAGCUCUCGGCCGUGCAGCUGGAGCUGCAGAUGACAGCGCUGCGCUACCAGAAGAAGUUCACCGAGUACAGCGCCCGCCUGGACUCGCUCAGCCGCAGCCUGGCCGCGCCGCCCUGCAAGGGUGAAGAGACUAAAGCACUGACUCUUGUCCUUCAUCGUGACUCUGGCUCUCUUGGAUUUAAUAUUAUUGGUGGCCGGCCAUGUGUGGACAAUCAAGAUGGCUCAUCUAGUGAAGGAAUUUUUAUAUCGAAAAUAAUUGACAGUGGGCCUGCUGCCAAAGAAGGAGGGCUGCAGAUUCACGACAGGAUUAUUGAGGUAAAUGGAAAAGAUUUAUCUAAAGCAACACAUGACCAGGCAGUGGAAGCAUUCAAAACAGCCAAAGAGCCCAUCGUUGUGCAGGUCCUGAGGAGAACUCCACGCACUAAGAUCUUCAGUCCUUCACAUGAGUCUCAUCUGGUAGAUAUGGGCACCCAGACCGAUAUAACCUUUGAACAUAUCAUGGCUCUAACCAAGAUGGGAUCCCCUCCUCCGCCAGUCUCAGUACUAGAUCCAUACCUCUUACCUGAGGAUCAUUCAUCAGUGCAUGAAUACUAUGACCCGAAUGACUACAUGGGAGGCAUUCAUCAAGAAAUGGACAGAGACGAGUUAGAAUUAGAGGAAGUGGACUUGCAUAGAGUGAACAGCCAGGACAAGCUCGGCCUUACUGUAUGUUAUCGAACUGAUGAUGAAGAUGACAUUGGUAUUUAUGUUAGCGAGAUUGAUCCCAACAGCAUUGCUGCGAAAGAUGGUCGCCUGCGGGAGGGAGAUCGCAUUAUUCAAAUUAAUGGCAUAGAGGUACAGAACCGAGAAGAAGCUGUGGCACUUCUAACCAGUGAAGAGAGCAAGAAUGUCUCCUUACUUGUAGCAAGACCAGAAAUCCAGCUGGAUGAAGGAUGGAUGGAUGAUGACAGAAAUGAUUUUCUGGAUGACUUACACAUGGACAUGCUAGAGGAACAGCACCACCAGGCAAUGCAGUUUACUGCCAGCAUGCUUCAGCAGAAGAAGCACGAAGAAGAUGGAGGCACCACAGACACUGCCACUAUCUUAUCUAACCAGCACGAGAAGGACAGCGGUGUGGGACGCACAGAUGAGAGCACGCGAAAUGAUGAAAGCUCAGAGCAGGAGAAUAACGCCGAUGAUCACACCACUUCCUCUAACACUUCAGGAAGCCAGAAGAAGCUGGUGUACAGUCAUGACACUCUAGGAAGUGGUGACAUGCAGUUCAGCAAUGAGUCAUUUAUCUCAGCCGACUGCACAGACACAGACUUCCUCAGCAUCCCAGUGGAUGAAUGUGAGAGAUUCCGCGAACUGCUGGAGCUGAAGUGCCAAGUCAAGUCUGCCAACCCAUACAGUCUGUAUUAUCAUAACAGUGCCCUGGAUAUAAGUAAGAGUGACCACGAAAGCGUUGACAGGGAGCUGGAGAUGCUGAACGAGGAGCUGCGGAAUAUUGAGCUGGAGUGUCUGAAUAUCGUGAGAGCUCAUAAAAUGCAACAGCUGAAGGAUCAAUACCGGGAGCCCUGGAUGCUCCAUAACAGCGGAUUCCGUAACUACAACACAAGCAUCGAUGCACGCAGGCACGAGCUCUCAGACAUUACAGAGCUCCCUGAGAAAUCUGACAAGGAUAGCUCAAGUGCGUAUAAUACAGGCGAGAGCUGUCGCAGCACACCGCUCACGCUGCAGAUUUCCCCUGACAAUUCACUGCGCAGAACUGCAGAAGGCAGCAGUUGUCAAGGUAAUGAGGGGGCAGUGGCAUACAAUGUCUCCCAGAAGAAUUUGCUACCUAGCUCAGAAAGUCACGAAUCCGGCUCCGCUAAAUAUCUCUCGUCACCUAAAGAUCCAGACCUUGGCAAGCAACUGGAAAGCAAAGAACGAAAAGCCAGUGAUGGAAGCAAAAGCCCAGCUCAAAAACUGUCUGACUCCUACAUCUCUCCAUAUCAUCACUCUCCCUAUAAACACGCUCAUAUCCCAGCCCACGCUCAACACUAUCAGAGCUACAUGCAGCUGAUACAACAGAAAUCAGCCGUGGAAUAUGCACAGAGCCAAAUGAGCCUAGUGAGCAUGUGCAAAGACUUUAAUUCUUCAAGCCAGAGUGAACCCAGGAUGGAAUGGAAAGUCAAGGUCAGGAGUGAUGGAACCCGCUACAUCACAAAGAGGCCAGUCAGGGACAGGCUGCUGAGAGAACGUGCCAUAAAGAUUAAGGAAGAGCGCAGUGGUAUGACGACAGAUGACGACGCUAUAAGCGAGAUGAAGAUGGGCCGCUAUUGGAGCAAGGAGGAACGGAAGCAGCAUUUGGUGAAAGCGAAGGAGCAGAGGAGGCGGCGUGAGUUUAUGAUGCAGAGCAGGUUAGAUUGUUUAAAGGAACAGCAAGGUGCAGAUGAAAAGAAAGAGAUGAACAUCAUUGAACUGAGCCACAAAAAAAUGAUGAAGAAAAGGAAUAAAAAAAUCUUUGAUAAUUGGAUGACAAUCCAAGAACUCUUAACUCAUGGCACAAAGUCCCCCGAUGGCACAAGAGUGUACAAUUCCUUCCUGUCAGUGACUACUGUAUAA